AUGUUCCGAAUUACCGCCAGACGCUUCGCUGCCGCCGCCGUCGCGGCGGCCGAGCCCUCGGCACAUACCCUCAAGGUCUCGCAGGCCCAAGGCGUGGCCCACGGCCUCACUGCUGCCAUUGGCAACACCCCCCUCAUCCGCCUGAACCGCCUCUCCGAAGAAACGGGCUGCGACAUCCUGGGCAAGGCCGAGUUCAUGAACCCGGGCGGCUCGAUCAAGGACCGCGCGGCGCUGUACGUGGUCAAGGACGCCGAGGAGCGCGGUCUCCUCCGCGCGGGCGGCACCGUCGUCGAGGGCACGGCCGGCAACACGGGCAUCGGGCUGGCGCACGUGUGCCGCUCGCGCGGCUACAAGCUCGUCAUCUACAUGCCCAACACGCAGUCGCAGGGCAAGAUUGACCUGCUGCGGCUGCUGGGCGCCGAGGUGUACCCGGUGCCGGCCGUCGCGUUCGACAACCCGGACAACUACAACCACCAGGCCGCGCGCCACGCCGAGCGCCUCGACAACGCCGUCUGGACCAACCAGUUUGACAACACGGCCAACCGCCGCGCGCACAUUGAGACGACGGGGCCCGAGAUCUGGGCGCAGACAGAGGGGGCGGUCGACGCCUUCACCUGCGCCACCGGCACCGGCGGCACGCUCGCCGGCACGACGCGCUUCCUCAAGGACGUGUCGGGCGGCCGCGUCAAGAGCUUCCUGGCGGACCCCCCGGGCAGCGUGCUGCACUCGUACAUCUCGUCGGGCGGCAAGCUGACCGAGCGCGCCGGGUCGAGCAUCACAGAGGGCAUCGGCCAGGGCCGCGUCACCGACAACCUGCAGCCCGACAUUGGCCUCGUCGACGGCUCCAUGACCAUCUCGGACGAGAAGAGCAUCGAGAUGGUGUACCGCUGCCUCGACGAGGAAGGCUUGUACCUGGGCGCCAGCUCGGCGCUCAACGUCGUGGCCGCCAAGGAGGUGGCCGAGAAGCUGGGCAAGGGCCACAAGGUCGUCACGGUCCUCUGCGACGGCGCCUACCGAUAUGCCGACAGGCUCUUCUCCCGCCAGUGGCUGACGGAUAAGAAGCUGCUUGGCGCCAUUCCCAAGCAUCUGGAAAAGUACAUUGUUCUUCCGUAG